AUUUCUGACGGGGUGUCGGUAAUAUUUACUGAUUGUGUCAUAAAAUCAGAUUUGUCUAGAUUUAUACGACUUUCUUUAAUUAAUUUAGGUUUACUUGACAAAGACCUCUAUGUAGGUUGCUGACAACUUCCCCAUAUGAACUAAAUGUGACCGACAUAUCAUUAAGUGACUGAUCUGUAAUGGAAACCGUAAAAGACAACAUUUACCUAGCAAAGAAAUUGAACAUGUCAUCUAGUUUUAUGAUCGUAUUGCACUACACCUAAUCAACUUAUAAGACAGUAUGAAAAAGUAAUACAUUAUAACAUAUAAAGUUGAUUUUUAAUAUUCAUGAAAGUGUAACUGCUAGAAAGUAAUGCACAGUUUAAGACUUUGGAUUUACUAUGUAUCGUAGUGAACAUAGUCAUGUCGGUUGGUAAGUGAACAGACUUGUUACAGUUUGUAAUCAAAGGGUAGAUGUCCAAUUAGGAAAAAAAACGUUCAUAAGCAGGAGAUAAAGGGUAACAGGCUACUCAUCUGAUUAUUCUUUGUUUGCAUUCCCAAUGGACUGUCUGUCGAAAGGCAUGUUAUCAAAAUGUUGACUACAGGGCCUUUCCAGAAAUUUGACUGUUGAGUCAUCAAGUUAUCUAUCUGAAUGCCUGCUAGUCCAAAAUAGUCGUCACUAUAAAGGUAUGUUAGCAUAAAAGUCAACACAUAUGGAUAAACUCCUUAUUUGUCAGAAGACAUAUCACUUUUAAAUUACAAUCGUCUGAAAGGCGAGUGUCAACCUUAAACUCAAGUGUUAUUUUUUUAGUUUUUAGGUUUGGCUAAGGUUUAAUAUUAGUUCAAGUAACAGGUGUACGGACUUUUAGACUAACGGGUUUCUUCAUUGUAUUCUCGUAGGUGGUAGAAGGCGACUGUUGUAAUUCAAUAUUUUUAUAGGUAUGGGCUUAACUGCCGAUUGUACAACAUAUAAGUAUUUAAAACAGAGAAUUAAUUCAGUUACGAUGGCUACGGGACCUCCUAUUAUCAGCCGACAAAUACAAGGUAUAUUGCUUUUUUACAGAGUACGUUUGCUUGAAAUUGUCCAGCUGACAGUGAGAACUACGUACACUCCCACAAUCUUAUCCUUAACCCCCACUUUAUUAUCCUGAAUAUACCACUCAGACAUUUGUCGUAGGGCAAAUUAUCUCAAUUUGUAUAUUUACUUGUAACUUUACAAUAAAGUAUACGAUAAAACAUAAUUAGUGAAGCAGUCCUGCAGUUUUCAAUUCCAUAACUACCAGUUUUAUUUAAAUGCACAAAUGAUCCAAGGGAAAUAAUUAAAAAAACAGCCCGCCCCAUAACCGCCGAAAACCCUCCAAUACCCCUUUUGUACCUGUAUCCAAUAUAAUAUAUGUGUCCCGUUAUAGUACACUAAUACCUUAUUAACCUGUGACCCGUAGCCUUUAUGAUGAAUGCAAUGCUUCAUUUCAUUCGCCUUCGCUAAAUUGUAGUGACCACUACGUUGUUUACCAUUAUUACUUUUGAAGUAAAUAAAUAAUAUAUACAUAUCUUCGGUAUUAUUUUUCAGUUUGUAGCGUCCCGCCAGUACAAAAAAUGACCCACGUCCACACAAUCAACUAUAAAUUUGUUGCCACAUCAUAAGGCUGAGGCUAUAGGAUGAGGGCAGAAAUUAGCUCUACCGGCUGGAAGCAGGCCGUGGCACAGUUUUGAGGAUUUCCAGCAGGUGUGAACUUGCAAACACCGCACAUGUAUACUCUUAUUUUCUUUUUUACUUCUUUCAAACUACUUUGUAUGACUUGGCAUGUUAAGGUUAUUUACUAAAAGCAUCUAUUUUCAUUACUUUCACAUAAUCAAUGUCAUUGUUUAGUGUAUGCAGUGAAGUUUGAACGUGUUUAUAUAGGAGAACUUCGAACUCAUAUUUUUUGUUUCAUUUUUGAGCAAUAUAUGUUUUAUGUAUGUGUCAUAUUCCCCUUAGGCAAAUUAUUGUUUACUGACCUAGUUUUAAGACAUCAUGUAAAUUUUAAUACACAAUAUCCUAUUGUGUUCUGUAACAAUACUGAUAUAGAGUGUUUGACAGUUAUUUCUAAAAAGAGAUUAUCCUUGAAUUUUCCAGAAUGUUCUUUUCAUUCUUAGUAUUACUUGAAAACUCUCGAACCUUCCAUUAUACAAUAAACAGUGAGAUAGUUUAGGACUAAGACAGAAUCUAGACUGUAGAUAUUGGUGAAACGUUCAUGUAUUUCUUAAUAACAAAAUAUUACCAGUUUGGAUAUUUAAUAUUUUGAAGGAUUAUUUGAAGAAUCAAGUAAAAUUUGUGGAUUUAGUAGGUUCUCUUUGAAGAGAGGAGUUAUGGUUUUUAGAUAUGCUAAAGUUACUUUUGAACUGUGUGGAACAUUGUGGAAUUUAUUUUAAUUUUAUCUAAAUUUGACUUUGACAGGAUUCGGACUAUUUUACAUAUUACUAAAUUGUACGCCUCUUUGAUAUUUUUGAAGGUAUUUAUAUUGUUGCUUAAUUUCAAGAAUAAAAUUUUGUCUUUGUUAAUAGUUGCUGGUUUGUCAUUCUGUUACUUUUCUUUACUGUAAUAAGAAAUCGUUACCCCUCUGACGUAACAUAUGUCCAAGUACAGAAUGCAAUCACCUUUGUUUUAAGUUAUUAUUGCAGCGAAAAUAAAGCGAGAUCAGCCCUGUUUUUGACACAAAUCUUUACUUCUAAAUAUCGAUACAGUUUAUAGGCAGUGUGCAUAAUGUUUUAAUAUAUUGUCCCGUACACACCAGAUUUGGUGAUUUAACGAUUUUGCUACAUACAGAACGAGUUACAUAUAUUUCCGCUCUGCUACUCGCCUUGUUGUUGUGCAGUGAGAAAACUGUUAUGGUAGAAAAUCUAGUAAUCUUAGCCAUCUUAGUUACAAUUAUACAAGCAACUUAAGACCAGUCGUGAAUAUACUAGACAUCUAAGAUAUUUAUGCUAAAAUUUGUUUAAAGAAACACGCAAAAUUCUUAAUUUAGCGUGAGAUAUAUCUUUUCGUAAAAAUGUUUCUGUUAAACACUUCCAUCGAUUGUAACAACAUGCUAUCCGAAUGACUAAAUAAUACUUAAUAAACUUUGCAUGAUUUUUUCAUUUCAUGUAUCUUUGAAACGACUUUUCAACACAUAGAUAUUCAAAGGUUUUAGUGAUACGGCUGGAAAUGGAUCAUAUGUAAUAAAUUUUGUGUCUGCUGUUAAAAGGAAACAUUUCAACUGAAUGAGGAAUGGUCUGUAUAGUGUUUGAAAGAAUGAACUUGGUUUGUUAUGCUAUAUAUUUUUCAUUGUUUCAUAAUAUACUGUGAACCUUGACUUAUCGGCUUGUUAAUCAUUAAUCAUCUGUUUAAAGAAAAUGGAUAAUAUAACAAAAAUACACUACAUAGGAAUACUUAAAAGGAAUACAAACUGCAUCAUUCCUCAUGUUUGUUAUUUAGUUGUUCAGCCUAUUUAUACAAAAUGUAUUUAGACGAUGAUAUUUCGAAAGGAGGUUAAAUCAUGAAACUCUUUGUUAAAAUACUUUGUUUGUUUAUGUUUGCACUGUUAUUAACUAUUUAUAUGUUAAUUGCAUUGAAGAAAAAAUCUCACAGCAGAUAUCUUAUUUUUGGCGACUCUUAUCAACUCGAGGCAGAUAGAAAUAUUACUUUAUUAAUAGGUUCAAAGCAUGGUGACAAUGGAGAAAGUAUUCGCAAGGUAAAUUCUGUUAUCAGUUUACACGACCGUGUUCCAAAUAUUAUUAUACAAUAUGGAGUCGGAGGAACUGCCACAACGUUACAGUUUCAGAUUUUAUGUGUGCUUAUGGCCAUUCUUCAUGAAUCUGAAAUAAACUCCUUAGGCUGUUUCUUUGGAAGAAAACCAUUUUAUAAGUACACUGUUAUUAAAACACAUGAAAUAAAAUACAAUGAACUGCGACUUUUGCCAUUAGAUACUUGGAUUUUCAUGACUUCAAGUAGUAAUCUGUCUGCCGAAAAGCAACUGAAGUUUGAUUAUAAUAAGCGUAAAGUUCAAAUGAUGAAGAUGCACUGUCCAUACAUUGCAGACAUAGAAACUGUUUCGAAACGUGGCCAUUUCAUUGUCCAUGAAUACCGCUCAAUUUUUGGAGUUUCUGACGAACAGAUACAACAGGCAGUAGAAUACUUACGCUAUUGGGACAUACUUCGUUUGUGUUGUGGAAAACAAAUGUCGGCAGAUUGGCGUAAUUAUUUAUCGCCGACCAAAAACUAUAAGCCACAUCAUGGUCGGCAUAGUUCAACAUAUCCUGCUUGCGAAAUGUACAAUAUAAAUAAAGUUGAACAACUUCUGAUGAACACUUACGUAUUUCAGCGCUUUGCACAUAUACCGUCUCUUCGUGACGUUAUAGGGAAGCCAUCAAAUGUUGACGGUAACAUCGAUGGUCAGUACUGUGAGCGAUGUAAUAGAAAUAUUUCGAAAAACCAUUUACGUUUUAAUGAUAAAUGUGUAUAAUGCUUAGAUGAACUUGUUUUGAUAUUAGUUUUAAAAAAUGGCUUAUUCAAAGUAAAUUUGCACUAUUGAUCAAUAUUGAGCGCUCCAUUUUCAAAAAUAAGCUACCGAUGGAACCGCGUAAAAAUUUAAAGCAUUUAGCAUUUAUUUCAUUCAAUGUUCGUAAAUUCAUGAACAAGCUGAAAAAUUGAAAACUUAACAAAUGGCAAGAAUUGUAAAUCUGACACAGUUCGGAAAUACGAACAAGCUGAAAAAAGAAAAAAAAAAUAUCAAGUGAUAUGAAAAAUUAAUCAGACACAGUUCGUAAAUUUACGAAGUUGUUACUUGUUUGAAUUUUAUGUACUAGGUCAAAAUGAUAAAAAUUAUAUAUUAUUGCAAACAUUUGAAGACCAUCACAGGCUCGAAUUCGUAAAUUUACGAACAUAACUAUAUUAAAAAACAAGUCCUCUUUUACAUGAAAAAAAAUAUUUGCGAACUUUGUUUAUAGAUGAACUAGCCAAAGUUAAUAAAAGUGGUCUAUUAUUGUACAAAUCUCAAAAAAAUAUUCAGAAGCUUGACUUCGUGAAUUUAACAAGAAAUUUAUACAUUGAAAAGAAAAAAAACAGAUUAAGAAUUCAUCAAUUUACGAACUUGCCUGAGAAUACACAAAGUAGAAAAAAGUUUACGAACAUAGCCAUAUUUAAAAACAACUCCUUUUAUACCUGAUAACACCAUUUACAGACUUCGAAAAUUUACGAACACAAUUUUAUACAUUGAAAAACAAAUCACAGAUUCGAAUUUCGUAAAUUCACAAACUUGUCUGGGGAUAAAUAGAUUAAGAAAAAGGUUGAAUUUGCAUGUACGAACAUAACUCAAUUUAAACAGUCCGUUUUUAACUUUAUAGAUGAAAAG